GAUACCAUUCAGACUGCUUUGACACAGGAUACCAUUCAGACUGAUUUGAGACAGGAUACCAUUCAGACUGAUAUGAGACAGGAAACCAUUCAGACUGAUUUGAGACAGGACAGAAUUCAGACUGAUUUGAGACAGGAUCGCAUUCAGACUGAUUUGAGACAGGAUACCAUUCAGACUGCUUUGACACCAGAUACCAUUCAGACUUAUUUGACAAAAGAUACCAUUCAGACUGCUAUGACAAAAUAUACCAUUCAGACUGCUUUGACAGUGUAUACCAUUCAGACUGCUUUAACACAGGAUACCAUUCAAACAGCUUUGAUACAGGGUACAAUUCAGAAUGCUUUGAAACAGGAUACCAUUCAGACUGCUUUGACACAGGAUACCAUUCAGACUGCUUUGACAAAGAAUACCAUUCAGACUGAUUUGACACAGGACACCAUUCAGACUGAUUUGACACAUGAUACCAUUCAGACUGAUUUGAGACAGGAAAACAUUCAGAGUGAUUUGAGACAGGAUACCAUUCAGACUGCUUUGACACAGGAUACAAUUCAGACUGCUUUGACACAGGAUACCAUUCAGACUGCUUUGACACCAGAUACCAUUCAGACUUCUUUGACAAAAUAUACCAUUCAGACUGCUUUGACAGUGUAUACCAUUCAGACUGCUUUGACACAGGAUACCAUUCAAACAGCUUUGAUACAGGGUACAAUUCAGAAUGCUUUGAAACAGGAUACCAUUCAGACUGCUUUGACACAGGAUACCAUUCAGACUGCUUUGACAAAGAAUACCAUUCAGACUGA